UUUCUUCCCUCUUUUUCAGUAGUCGUAAAAGGCAUUAGAACUUAGAAGUCACUUCUGCUGUUCUUGAGUGGCCGGCCGUGGCUUUCAAACCCUCAUCUUCCUCCUCCUCUCUCUCUCUCUCUCUCAGAGUCACUUCUCCGUGAAGAGCUGGACCGUGGAGCUCUCUCUCUUAGCAUCUUUGCGAGGUUUACAGUUACUGUUUAGAAAUAACUUUCUGGUGAGGAUGGUCAAGUAUCUUUUCGAUGAUGUGAUUGUUGUCAAUCAAUUGGAUCCAGGUGGUAAAAAAUCCAACAAAGGUAUUUGUGGGUUGUAGUUUCUCGCAUUGUGGCACGGAGUGAGCAAUUAGGCAUGGCUGUUGAGCUAGAUGUGAAUGCGGAGAUGUAUCCUGUUUAUGUUGGGGAUAAACUCAAAAUGGUAUUAGCCCCUACAUUAAAUUUGGAUGGCACACCAGUUACAAACUUUGUUUCUCUGGCACGGGGAAAGUCGCUUGCAGAUGAUUUUGAUUAUGUAAUGCAUGGGACGUUGUAUGAUAUCACAAAGAAAGGUUCUGAACCCAACAUUAAACAGGUGAUACAUGUUUCGUUUGGUGGACUCCUAUUGGAGCUGGAAGGAGAUUUGCCUAAGUUGGCCAUCUUUAAGCGUGAUCAGACGAUGUUUCUCCUCUUGAAAAAGGUCCAAAAAUCUCUUACCUUUAAGAAAUGAUGCAAUCCGGGUGAACUGCAAUGAACCCAAGUGGGUACUCAUGCAUUGACAUGUAACAGUAUCUGUAAAUGUUUUCCCCUGGGAACUCUCCCUGUUUCAGCAUUCAUAUUUGUAUUCCCAGUUGGUUAUGUUAAAUUAAAUGAGGACUGUUAUGGCACCA